UCUCAAUCGACAAAGCAACAAACCAAAAAAAGGAAAAAAAGAAAAAGAAAAAAAGGGAGCUCGGAAGGGAAGCGAAGACGAGGAUGGCAGAGGAAGGGAAGCCAGAUGCCCAAUUGUUCCACCUACUCUCUGGUCUCCUCCACCAGGAAGAAAGAGGCAGACAAUCACGCUCAUGCCCGUCUGCACUGUUAUACAAAUGUGAUGUUCUAGUGUUAAAUUGAUUCAUAUCUCUUCGGGGCCACGUGCUAAACAUUUUUUCUUCCUGUUCGUCAAGCAAGAUUUUAUUUAAUUUAUUGCAAAAGAUGAGACUCUCAAGUCCUAAAGCCAAAGUAAUGGUCGUGCAUUUGAAGAUGAAACCAAGUUUCAGUGCCUUUUUUUCUAUAGGAGUUUGAGAAGCAGGUAGGAGAGACUGACUGGCCCUAGCUUUCUAUUCUAAUGGAAAAUACGGAUCAUGUCGCUGUUGGAGCAGAAGUACCAUUGCUGGGGAAUAUGCAUUUUCAUGAUAUGCUUGCUAGUGGAAGCAUUGACCAAUCAAGAAGAAGUUGAAUUGCGUUCAAAAAUUGAAGCCCUUGGAUUAGAGGUUACCAAAGUUCCCUCGAAGUCAACUCAGCAUCUUGAUGAGCUGGAAAUAGCCAAGGAAUUGGAUAAAUUAUCUGCAAAGUUGGAUGAUGUAGAUGAAAUGAUAUCUUCUGCAAUGGCUUCAGAUCCUCAGGUCAAGUCACUAUUGAGUGGUACUGCUGAUGUAUGGAUGCCGGUCAUUACUGCUAGUGCUGAUGAACGGCGUACUUUCACAGCAUCAAUCGCAGAUGAUAACCCAGAAGCAAAAGGGAAAAGUUUCAGUUAGUUGUUGAGUUGUAUUCUUUAGAAGAAAUUCAGGAUAUUAUUCUUACAUGUUUGUUUAAUCCACCAAAUAAAAAGAAGUACAUUAUUCUUAAUGACUACUAUAUAUAGUCUUCUUGUCUA